GGGGACAACAGUUAAAAAUAGACUCACAUCCCAAGACCGCCGGCUCAAGCCCGAGCUCAUACUGAAGUCCAACUACAUAGGUCUAUAUCUUCAACCACACGGCUAUUACAAGGGUACUGAAUCUAAGGAUCUAAGGACACAGUUGAACCCAGGGGUGGAAAUGACACCAGAAAAACAGGCAAAAGUGAUCUGUGCGCAGAACCUUUUGCCAUUCGUCCCAAAACUUGACAGCUGGAGUCUUGCUGCUGAUAAUCUCCUCGAGCAGUCCCGAUGGAUCUGUCACUCCUUUACACAGAUGACCAAACACGUUCACUCCCAGCUCUUAAAAACAGUCAAACUGACAAAUUAGAUCCUUUUUCUCUUUUGCAGAGUCCCAUAGAAAACAUGCUGUCUGCAUACGAGACAGGGGCAGAGGCUGUGUUAGAUGUCUCAGACCCCGAAGGCAAAUCCCCUGAGCCUUUAUCAAACGUUUCCAAAAGCCUCUCUAAGGAGAAAAGCCCCAACUCAGAGUGUUUGAAGCCUUCAUCAUCCAGCUUUAAUAUGUCAGAGUGUUUACCACUUUGCUCCGAGCCAGCACCAAAGGAUGAUGAUUUCAGGGUUUGUAGCUAUUUUGGCUCCUCAGAACCGGUAUUACCUUUUUUACCUGUCUUCUCUCAUGACCUUAUUUCUCCCCUAUCUGAAUCUUUUUCAGAGUUUCACGCUAAACAAGAACCAGCCCUCUCCUUUUCAAUCCUACAAUACAAUAGUACACCUCAACCUUUCAGGGACAUGUCAUCUACUUGUGAGGGUUCGACAGAGCCAUCUGUCACUGAGCCUCUCUCCAGCUCUGAACACAGUCUAGCCACUUGUCUAUUAAGGUCAUUAUCACAUCAGGAUAGUUUAGAGACUGAUACAGCUAUAGCACCUGUGUCAGACCUCUACAUCUUUGAAAGUGACACACAGGACUUCAUCCUGAGCCCUAAUGUAGACCCCCAGGAGGCUCAGUGUACUGAAUACAAGACAUUAUCUCAAACAGAGGGAGAAAAAGCAGAGCCUGACUGCGAUACACAUGUCCUGAUAUGUGAUUCACACAAUGCCGUGACACAAUGUCAUGGCGGCACCAGUGAGGAACGAGAUAUGGUGGCCUAUGAGUCAGACGUAAGUCAACAUGCAAAGCGAAGACCACCUGCUGUGGAUGCCUGUGAGGCAGGCUUGAUGUCCGUAAAUGAUGGGAGGCGAGGGAAAGCGGAGGUCACUGAUUUAACCCACCAAGCAAGGCGAAGUGACAGCCCUAUCGAUCAGUGGCUGGACGCAUGCCAGUAUCUAGCAGGUGAGGAUAUGGAUGAUAUGGAUGUUUGGGAAAAGACAGGACAUUCUGUGACGCAAGGAGGGAUCACCAGUGACUUGUCUUUUCCCCCAGGAGAGACACAAGUGUCAGGUUACAUCCCUGAUGGUAGUGAGGGGAUUGGCUGGUCCAGUGAUGACACCAGGGGUUGGGGGCCACCGGUUGAGAGGUGGUCAUCCGUGGACAGCUGGGCAAGUGCACUCUCAGACUGGACUGCCAUCCUCGAAUCUCCACCAAAGGACUUUACAGCCGCUUUCACGGAGAUAGGGGCUGGCAUUGAUGCUCUGACACAGGCACUAGCAGAGGUAAAUACUUAUAUAGAAACAGAGGCGUCUAAAGAAGAAAAGGGUGUAGAGUCAGCGGUGCGGGCACGAUCGCAGCCACCCAUGGGUAUCCAGGAUCAGCCUAUAGAGGCACAAAACAUCCCAGAGAGCUCCGUCCUCUCUGGGCAGAGAUGUCUCUCUUUGUACGAAGCUGCAGGACCUGAGCUCAGAGACAGAGAGGGCUCCCAGAGCGUUGAAUCCUUGUGUGAUUCCACAGAUACCACAGAAGAAGAAAAGAAGCUGGAAGAGAUCCAGAGCUGCCAGGCUGAGCGCUCUCCAUACCCCUCACACCAGCACUCAUCCAUGGGAUCACCCGGCGCUACCUUGGCUUCUCCUGGAGGAUACAGUGUAGAUGUGAUCCCUGGAUCUACUUCUUCUGCUGAUCUGGACCUUUCUCACUUUAGUGGAUUUGACGAGUCAGACAUUUUCAUCAGCAAUGAAGAAGAUCCAGUCAUUCUGAAUAUAAUAGAGGAUGCAGAUUUGGAGGCACAAACUAAACCCAGAGAACUGAUAAUUGAGGAGCCGUUUAGAGAUGAAGUGUGUGAAGUGACAGAUGAACACAUCGUCUCCCAGCCGGGCUCGGCGGUCGAGCAGAGAGUCAACAGUGUGCCAGAUGAGGUCAAUCGUGAAGAAACCGAACCUUCAACAGAUCUUCAUUUCCUCACCAAACACACUCUGACAAACACACACUUGCCAGGUGUGCACAAACAACCUGGCCUGCAUGUUAAUGUUCACAAACAGGUGUCGUCUGACACUUUACCAGACCUUGACGGAGCAUGUCAGGUGGAGCCACAGUUUGGAAGUCCUACGUUUAUUAUGCCCUUAGCUCCUCUUGAUAUCCGCUCCUCACUCGUCUAUCGGACAAGCUGCAAUUUGGACGGAGAUCAAACUUGUACCAAAAGGUCUCUCAAUGACAACACAGACUUCAGUUGUGAUCACGUACAACCCUGCAUUCUCUGGCCCACCUUGGAUGGGAUUACUGACAAAACAUCUCUGUGUGGUGAUGAGCUGAUUCAUAGAAAGUGUACAAUAAAGUCUGCUGAGAAAUCUUUACCACAAGGACAACCUGAGAGAAAAACAAUAAUUGAGGAGAUUCAUGAUCUCAGUCGAGAACUAUCCCACUUGGCUGAUGUCCCUGCUGAUCAUUUCGUCGUCUCACAGAGGAACCACAUCGCAUUCAUCACUUUAGAUUUAAAUGACCCAUUUGUCUCCAGGGCUGCAAAACCCAUCGCCACAGCCAUACAAUCGGAGUUGAAUCAGAAAACAGCUGAAAAGAUGCCGCACAAAACCCACAAGUCCACCUCAGAGAGCAAAGCACGCUCCAAAAAGGACAAGACAACGGGUCAUCAUCAUGGUGUACAAGUCUCCAAGAAACAGGAGAAUUCAUCUCAUCAUGUUUCACCCCAGCAGGUCUGCAAACAGCAAGACAUUCAUCCUCUUACUGAGGAAAAUCACACCAGUGAGAACAUUCAAGUCGGGCUUGAGGACAAGGAGGCUAAAUUGGUGAUUGAGACUAUUAUACCAACCGAGAAGGCUCCAAACAAACCACACGUCAAGAAGAAAAAGAAACAUGCUCAGAAUGCAACAGGAGUGAAAAGUGUAGGGGAGCCACUGGUUGAAGUGGAGAAUGGCACAAAAUCAAAGACUGCAAAAGGAAGGAUUGACAUGUUUGAGGCCAAGCUGGGCGCAAAAGCUGGGAUAGCUCAAAACGACAGUGAUCAGUCAGAUGAGAAAAAGUCCCAGCAGCCAGAGGCUAAAGUUAAAGCUUCCCAGGGAGAACAACCGCCGCGUCAUGCAGAUCAUAAAGACCACCAUCCUAAAAACGUCGCCACUCCUCUGAACGAUGAUAUUAUUAAAAGACGUCGCCUGUCAGAUAAUAAGUUUGGGAAGAUUGUCAGUGCUUUGGAGUCUAAAGUACCGAAGCCAAGCAUUUCUAUUAAGGCAAAGGCAGAGGAGCCCAAGGUAGAGGCCGGAGCAACUCGCAAGAAGGCAUUCAGUGAAGUGGUCAAACAGAAAAUCCCACCUAAGGAAGACCCCAAGGUGGUGCAGCCUAUCCAGGCAGUCUCAGUGAGCGGGGACCCCCAGACUCUGUGCCUGUGGUGUCAAUUUGCGGCUGUGUUCUCCAACUGCACUGUCACCUGGCGCAGAGAGGACACUGUCCUGUCGGAGAGCAAGAGAAGUGCAGGGGACGAGAGCAGAGUGUCACUGAACAUCUGCAGCGCUUCCCAAAAAGACUUGGGCAUGUACCAGUGUCAGCUCACCAGCGCACAUGGAUCAGUCACCCUGGACUACCUGCUCACAUACGAAGUGCUCAGUGAGAUUGUCAUCCCUCCAUCUCCAAAGACCAUCUCAUCUGCCUCUGUAGAUGUUGGGAGUGAAGAAGAGGAUGUCAACUGUUCCAGGUUGAUUUUUAAAGAGGAUUUCCUCUCUCAACAAUACUUUGGAGAGAACCAACCUUUAAGCAUCAUCACCGAAAAGGUUCACUUUGGGGAGGGGAUGCACCGUCAAGCUUUCCGGACCAAGAUGCAGGCGGGUCAGAUAACCUUCUUACUACCUGGACACUCCUGUGUGCUCAAAGUACACAGCUCUAUCAGCUACGGGACCAAGAACAACGAUGAGCUCGUACAUAGGAACUUCACUUUGGCUGUCGAGGAGUGCCAUGUCCAGAACACAGCAAGAGAGUACAUCAAGGCGUACACCGCUGCAGCCCAGUCUGUGGAAGCCUUCGGAGAGAUCCCAGAGAUCAUUCCCAUCUACUUGGUUCACCGUCCAUCCAAUGACAUCCCGUACGCCACGCUGGAGCAGGAGCUGAUCGGUGACUUUGUGAAGUACUCUGUCAAAGACGGGAAAGAGAUAAACCUGAUGAGACGCGAGUCGGAGGCCGGGCAGAAAUGUUGUGCUUUCCAGCACUGGGUCUACCAUAAGACGGAGGGCAACCUGCUGGUUACAGACAUGCAAGGUGUGGGAAUGAGGCUGACUGAUGUGGGAAUAGCCACCUGUAAGAAAGGAUAUAAGGGCUUCAAAGGAAACUGUGCCACCUCCUUCAUCGACCAGUUCAAAGCUUUGCACCAGUGCAACACAUACUGUGAGAUCCUGGGCCUCAAAUCCCUGCAGCCCAAACCUAAAAAGCCUGCAUCUGCUCCCAAAGCCAAACCCCAACCCUCUGCGGCACCCAAGAAGAAAGCGUGUGGGCCAACAGUGAAGGGAAAGUCAUAAUAGUAGGAGAAUUGUGAACUAUGGGGUUUCAUUUUUAUUGAAAACGGUGAUAUUUUCGGCGAUUUGCUUCACUCGAGUUGGACUUGGUCAUGCAGAGUUCGGCCUGUCAAACAUCGAUCAGACAACGAGCUGCAGAAGUCCAGAAGAGUAAACGGAUGUAUUUGAUUCAUAAGAGUUGAUUUUGCUUCAUCUCGUGUUGAACAUUUGAGAGAGAGAUUUUAUUUUAACGAGAUUAUUUCUGUACGAGAGUGUAUUUAUAGUCUAUGGGAGGACACUUUAUUUCACCAGUUUUGGGAAAACUGUGACAAAUUGAACAAACACUUGAAAAUGAUUAUUUAAUGAUGAGUUUGUGAUGAACUGUGAUGUCUUAGAGAUUGCUUUAUUGAUGACGUUUUCUUGUUUUUCUACUGUGGUGAUGUUUUCAAACUAUUAGUUCAUUAAAUUAAUGAACUUGUUAAUUAAUUGAUUAGAGGAAAUGUCUUUUUAAGUAGGUUGUAUGAUAAGGUGCACACAGUUAAAGACAUGUAUUGUUCAGUAUGAGUGGCACAUGUGUGUGUGUGUGUGUUUGGUUUGCAAGGUAUUUGAUAUUCAGUUUAAUUUGAGAUUACUAUAAUGUUUGUACAUUUAGUAAAAAGCCAGUGAUUUCAGGAUAAGCUCAUAUUUUUAUUCUGGGGAGAAAAAAAAACACAAAGAUAUUUUGUACACAGAGCUCACGUUAAGUGCAGUGAGCGUUUUGAAUGUAUUCACUGAAACAUGUGAAGAUUUAUUUAUUGUUCAUUUUAUUGUCUGGAGCAAUACUGCUCGUUAAGUUGACGCGUAUGUCGGGCAUCAUUUCAAGGAUCUUUAAUGUAUCUCAAAUUAAGUGAAAGGGUAUAAAACUAAACCCAAACCCGACAUCCAGAACCAAAUCUACUAACGUACACAUGAUCUCAAUAACAGCUGUUCAUCUCAGACGGUCUUCAUAUCACAUCAUGCGGCUAAGGCCAGUGUGUAAGCACACAAUAGAUCUUUGUUAUUAAAGAGAUGUUACUGGUUGAA